CGUUUUAGUUUCUCACAUACUCAAUUAGGAAUAUCGUCCUUAUCCAUGUAAGAUUACAUUACCAUUAUUAUACAUCAAUACAGCGCAUCGCACUUAUCAUCCACGACGACAUUCUGUCAAGUUCCGUAACAAUCCAAACACACUUGUAAUCAUAAAUUCACUCAUUUCACUCCUUUCUUCAACGACUAUGUAACAUGGCUUCUUCUUUCUUAUUACUCCGCCGAGACGCUACCAAAAUCAAGACAAACCUCACAUGCUCAAAGUGCCACGUGUGGUGCACACGCGCUUUCUCUGAACAACCGAACAAACCAGAACGCAUUAACAAAAUUCUAAUAGCAAACAGAGGCGAAAUAGCUUGCAGGAUCGCCAGAACCGCUAACAGACUCGGAAUCAAAACCGUCGCCGUUUACAGCGACGCUGACAGAGACUCCCUCCACGUGGCAUCUUCCGAUGAAGCCAUACGAAUCGGUCCUCCACCUCCUCGUCUCAGUUACCUCAACUCUUCCUCCAUUAUCGAUGCUGCUUUGCGUUCCGGUGCUCAGGCUAUCCACCCUGGAUAUGGAUUCCUAUCGGAAAGUGCUGAUUUUGCUCAACUCUGUCAUCAUAAAGGUAUUACUUUCAUUGGACCUCCGGCAUCUGCAAUCCGAGAUAUGGGUGACAAGAGUGCGUCAAAGAGAAUAAUGGGGGCGGCUGGGGUGCCACUUGUGCCUGGAUAUCAUGGAGAUGAACAAGAUAUUGAUAAAAUGAAGUUGGAGGCUGAUCAGAUUGGGUAUCCAGUUCUCAUAAAGCCAACCCAUGGAGGUGGAGGAAAGGGUAUGAGGAUUGUGCACACUCCAGAUGAAUUUGUUGAAUCAUUCCUUGCAGCUCAACGUGAAGCAGCUGCUUCUUUCGGUGUCAAUACAAUUUUGCUGGAGAAGUAUAUUACACAGCCGAGGCACAUAGAAGUCCAAAUAUUUGGGGAUAAGCAUGGGAAUGUUGUGCAUUUGAAUGAGAGAGACUGCAGUGUGCAGAGAAGACACCAAAAAAUAAUUGAAGAAGCUCCAGCUCCAAACAUUUCUGCUGAGUUUCGAGCACACUUAGGUCAAGCUGCUGUUUCUGCAGCAAAGGCAGUUAACUAUUACAAUGCUGGGACAGUGGAGUUUAUAGUUGAUACAGUCUCUGGCCAGUUUUACUUUAUGGAGAUGAAUACCCGUCUUCAGGUCGAACAUCCUGUCACAGAGAUGAUUGUUGGUCAAGAUCUUGUUGAAUGGCAAAUCCAUGUUGCCAAUGGAGACCCUCUUCCGUUGAAUCAAUCACAGAUACCAAUAUUAGGUCAUGCUUUUGAAGCUCGAAUCUAUGCUGAAAAUGUUCCAAAAGGGUUUCUACCAGCAACUGGAGUAUUGCACCAUUAUCGCAUUCCGGACUCAUCAGGGGUCCGGGUGGAUACUGGGGUUAGAGAAGGAGAUGCUGUUAGCAUGCACUAUGAUCCAAUGAUUGCUAAGCUUGUGGUGCGGGGAGAAAAUCGUGCUGCAGCAUUGGUCAAACUGAAGGAUAGUUUGUCAAACUUUCAGGUUGCAGGUCUACCAACCAAUGUCAACUUUCUUCAAAAGCUCGUUAAUCACUGGGCAUUUGAAAAUGGAAAUGUGGAGACUCAUUUUAUUGAUAAUUACAAAGAAGAUCUAUUUGUGGAUGCUAAAAAUUCAGAAUCUGCCAAAGAAGCAUAUGAGGCUGCUAGACGCAGUGCAUCCCUUGUGGUUGCAUGUCUCAUUGAGAAAGAGCAUUUCACAUCAGCUAAAAGAAAACCUGGUGGCAGCAACUUACUCCCUAUAUGGUAUGCUUCACCACCUUUUAGAGUCCAUCAUCAAGCUAAGCGGACAAUAGAACUUGAGUGGGAUAAUGAAUAUGAUAGUGGUAGCUCAAAGAUCCUGAAGCUUACUAUCACUUACCAACCUGAUGGGAGAUACCUGAUUGAGACAGAAGAAAAUGGAAGCCCUGUUUUAGAAGUCAAGGCAACAUAUGUAAAAGAUCACCAUUUUAGAGUUGAAGCUGAUGGUGUAAUCAACAAUAUUAAUCUUGCUGCAUACUCAAAGGAGCAAACGAAGCAUAUUCAUAUUUGGCAAGGGUCCUUUCAUCACUAUUUCAGAGAGAAAAUAGGCCUCAAGUUGUCUGAGGAUGAUGAAUCCCAACUUAAACCCCAAUCUGAAUCAUCAACCAUUCCUCAAGGGGCUGUUGUGGCACCCAUGGCAGGCUUGGUGGUUAAGGUUCUAGUAAAGAAUGAGACAAGAGUAGAGGUUGGCCAGCCCGUGUUAGUAUUAGAAGCGAUGAAGAUGGAGCAUAUUGUAAAGGCACCAAUUUCUGGCUUUGUCCACGGGCUUCAAGUUGCAGUGGGGGGACAGGUUUCUGAUGGUAGUGUUCUCUUCAACGUAAAGGUUAGUCAAUUGUCUUUGCUAUUCUUCACAUUGGCCAUGGCCUAGGUAUACUAGAAAUAUCAUUGGUUCUUUUAUUUUGCUCCAUUACAUCACUGCAUGGCUGACUAUCAAUAAAUAUAUCUCCGUGUCGUCUUUGUCACUUGGCCACACCUCUAAGGUAAUCAGUACUGUAAAUGUUCAUUUCACAUCUUGAGAGUUGUGUUUGGGCAGGAUCAAUAAAUUAUACAGGAGUAGAGCUCUAGCCAGGAGUUUGGCAACAGGGACCUGAUUCUGGAUGGAAGGUUAAAGGUGAAGGAAUCGUGUGAGCUUCUACCGAGACUAACGAACAACACUUGUAAAUUGAUUUCUUGUUGAAAAAUCUUUGUAUCUCAAUUCCUUAAGUUACAGUGGAUGAAAUAAAAUAAUGCAAGUAGUUCCUCCAGUUAUUAAUAACAAAACUAAAAUUUCUUCAUUUUAA